UGGGUGUGUAGUCCCGGCAGUCGCGGACAUCUUGUGCAACUCCGCGGGAGCGAGUAGAUAGCAGUAGAGGGACGGCGCGCCGGCAGCAGCGUUGGCUAGUCCUCAUUUGGACUGGAGGAAGACUCUUUGAAAAAGGGAGAGAUACAAAUAAGGGAACUCGUCUGGAUAUCUAGUUUUAUACGUCUUCGUUGUUGUUACGGUCGCCGUCUGUUGAGGGGGAUAAACGCGAAGCUUGGGUAUCUUGUUUUUAAGCGAAUUAGCCCGCUAGCUCUCCUGAAAGCCGCACACGGAGAAGGAAUGGCGCUGAAACGAAUCCACAAGGAGCUGAACGACUUGGCGCGCGACCCCCCCGCACAGUGUUCUGCAGGCCCCGUCGGAGAUGAUAUGUUUCACUGGCAGGCUACAAUCAUGGGACCUAAUGAUAGUCCGUACCAGGGUGGUGUUUUCUUCUUGACUAUUCACUUCCCCACAGACUACCCCUUCAAACCCCCUAAGGUGGCAUUUACCACAAGAAUUUAUCAUCCAAACAUUAACAGUAAUGGCAGUAUCUGCCUUGAUAUAUUAAGAUCACAAUGGUCUCCAGCACUAACUAUUUCUAAAGUUCUUUUGUCCAUUUGUUCACUGCUGUGUGAUCCAAACCCAGAUGACCCUCUAGUGCCAGAGAUUGCACGCAUCUACAAGACAGAUAACGAAAAGUAUAAUAGACUAGCGCGAGAGUGGACAGAGAAGUAUGCCAUGCUGUAGGGUACAACAGAAUAGCGCGGGAAUGGACUCAGAAGUAUGCAAUGUGAUGCUGCUCUGUGGAAGUCUGAAAACUGAACACAUUAGCUGGAAUAAACUUUAAAUUACUGGUUUCCUUUCAGUUAUUUGGCUGCUGUCCUGUUUCAGACCAUUUUUUUACCCCCCCCCCCCCCCCCCCCACCCCUCUUCUCUUUUCGUGCCCCUUCAUUGUCACACGUUCUUACAAGGAGUCUGGCUUGGACAAGACCAUCUUACCUUGAGUUUUUAAAAUGUAGAUCUCAUUAAAAGUGCCCACGUUGGUGAGCUCAUCAUGGAGUGCGUGUCAAUGCCGACAUAUCCUUAUAGCCACUUGGUUAUGAGACAUAAACAAAGCCCCAGCACUACUGUGUGCUGAAGAUGCCAACACCGUCAAGGAUGCCCCAUUUGCUGCCAGCUCUCUCCCUUCAGGAUCACCUCAUUGCUGGGAUGGCAUCCAUGUUUUUCACAGCUUUUUCUAAUAGUGUUAGAAAAAAUGUAUUUUAUGCUCUUAACCGGCAAUGUGGAUGGCAAACUUCUGCAGAGUGUAAAGCACCAGCUGGUUGGAAGGCAUAAGGUUAUAACUCUGUAUUUUAUGCAUGUUGAUAAAGAGAUAACCAAUUUAUGUUCUGCCGAUGAUGGAGUUGUGGGGGUGGGUGGGAGGUUGGAUACAUCAGUUCCCCUUGAGUUUCUUUUGUGUAAUUUCAUUUGUGUUCUCCCAUUGUUUUUAGAUAUCAGGAGCUAUUAGUUAAUCAAUCUCCCAUAACUUUUUUUUUUCUUGUAGCACUGAAAGACUCAAGGCUCUGAGGAUGAUUGAUUGGCGAAUGGCUCUGCUAGGUUAUUUUUAAUAGGUUUUUCCCCUCUCUACCCCUCAAUAAAGUUGUAUAAACCUCUA